CCAAUGAACGUACUGGUGAGGUGUGUCCUCGUCUGUCCAUCGCUGGUCACCGUACUGACGCUCCUUAUAGCCAGGGCCAUGGGUUGCAUCCAGAGCAUCGCCUGCAAGCCGCGGGUCAGGCGCGAGAACAUCGUGGUCUACGACGUCUCGGCCUCCAUUGACCAGUGCCCGACAGUCAUUGAGGAAAACUCGCCCAUCGUGUUGAGGUACAAAACCCCUUACUUCAGGGCUUCAGCCGGGAUCGUCAUGCCACCCGUGCCCAGGAACGAGACGUGGACGGUGGGCUGGAUCCAGGCGUGCACACAGAUGGAGUUCUACAACACGUAUGGUGAUGUUGGCAUGUCCAGCUGGGAGCUGCCAGAGCUCCGUGAGGGCCGAGUGAAGGCCAUCAGCGACUCGGACGGCGUCAGCUACCCGUGGUAUGGAAACACCACAGAGACGGUGACCAUCUCAGGCCCCACAUCCAAGCCCUCGCGGCUGACCGUCAGCAUGAAUGACAACUUCUACCCCAGCGUGACGUGGGCUGUUCCUGUCAGCAACAGCAACGCACCCAUGCUGACGCGCAUCACACGCGACCAGAGCUUCAUCACGUGGCUAGUGGCGCUUAACAACGCCACCAAAGAGCGGAUCGUGCUGCAGACGGUGCGCUGGCGCAUGCGGGUGGACAUCGUCGUGGACCCUUCAAUGCCUCUGGGCUCCCGGGCCUCUCUGGUGGGCCGAACGCACCAGGAGCAGCCCCACAUCCUGGCCAACAAUGAACCUAUCCCACCCAACGCUCUGGGACGGCCUAACGCCAACGACGCCCAGGUGCUGAUGUGGAGGCCGCGGAGGGGGGCACCCCUAGUGGUCAUUCCCUCCAAAUAAAGACUGUCCACAGUGCCUCCCAAUCAAAACACAAAUAGAUGAAACCCUUACAAUGAAAGUAUUCGUGGGGGCAGUGAACUGAGGGAAAUAAAAAGGGGGCUCCUAGUGGUCGACCUUGGACAGUUCACAAUGCCUCCCAACCAAAACAAAGAAAGAUAGCAAAAUACAAUUAACAAGGAGCAUUGGACCAUGAGAAACAGUGACCCUAGUGGCCAUCUCCUCCAAAGGACUGUUAGUGCCUCCCGGCACUAAAAGACCCUUACCAUUAACGUCUGCCCUCUAUGUUGGAGCUUUGGACCAUGGGGAAUGAAAGCAAUGGAGGCUGGGGCCUGCUCCUUCUGGCGCUCCUCCGUGCUGCCUUGAGAGAGCGGACUUCUCUUAGAUUCGGACUGAUCCAAACCACUUGACCGCCUUUUCCAAUCACUCUCUGGUUCUUGACCAGACAUCAAUCGACCGUUCAGGACUGCCUCACGCUGGAUCUCACUGAA